CACUUUUAUGUUUUCAGGAUUUGGUAUCUGGUUACGGCAAUGAGUCGAGGAUGAGAGUGAGAGAAAAAUUGACAUUUAAACUUCAAAAUAAUAAUGAAUUAAGGCAAUUUUUAUACAAAAUUUAGAAGUAAAUGAUUUAAAAUACUAAAAUAUGACUUCUCUAUCUAUCGAUAUUGAACCAAACUGUUCAAUCAGUAGCAUGAUUGAGAGAUCUGCUUCUGCUCCAUCCUCUCCGAAUGAGCGAUCUGUUCUGAGAGAGAUAGCUAAUAUAAACAAUCUUGCCAAAGUUAGAAGAGUGACUUUUCCUGAUGAUGAAACGAUUGUUACGGGAUAUUUUGAAGCACCUGAUCCAUGGAGUGUGGAAGGCCCAGAAUCAACUGACAAUAUUGUUGCUUCAUAUAGAGCUGCUUGCUGGAAACAAGGAGUUAAACCAUUACAAAAAGUCUUGCUACAAUUACAAACUGUUCACCUAAAUGGAGAAUUUGGAUUUGAGCUCAAUUUAAAAGGUGAAAAUUUAGUUGCUCAUCAUUGUGAAGCUCUUGAGGAGAUUUUUAAGCGAAUUCAAUUUUCAUCUUUACUGCUUGAAGAUUGUAACUUGGAUGAUGAGGGAGCUGCUGCUAUAUUUGACAUGAUUGAGUACUAUGACACAACAUCACAUUUAAAUAUCUCCUCAAACAAAAAUAUAGGAAAUCAAGGCUGGCAAGCUUGUUCGAAAAUGCUGAAAAGGACUCCUUGCUUGCAAUAUUUAGAUGCUUCUAAAACAAAUCAAAAUGAACAAAGUUUACUGAUACUUGGGCGAGCCUUUAGAACAGGAUCAUUUUUAGUUGCACUUCAUUUGGAAAACUGUGGCAUUAAUGGAAGAGCUCUUGUAAUACUGGUCGCUGCUUUAAAAUUGAAUAGCACUCUUCUUGAGUUAUACUUGGGAGAAAAUAAGAUUUGUUCAGCUGAUGGACUCCAAUUAGGAAACCUUCUAAGAUCAAACUACACUCUCGAACUUUUAAAUCUACAAACAAAUAAUUUGCAGGAUUUAGGCGUUUGCCACUUGGUUGAUGGCUUAUGUCAACAAGCAGCUAAUUGUGGUGAAUGUUUGAAAACCUUAGUACUAGCCAAUAAUUCUCUAACUCGUAAUGGAAUGGCACAUAUAAAUCGAGCUUUACUGGUCUCUGAAAGCCUGACAUCACUUGAUCUCAGUCAAAAUAGUAUAUGCAAUGAAGGAAUUCAACAAAUGAAACAGGGUCUUUUAACAAAUCAGUCCUUACAAGACCUCAUUUUAGUUAAAUCCCAAAUUACAUGUGAAGGUUCAGUUGCAUUGGCUGAAUUUAUUGCUGAUAAUCAACAUAUAGCAUUGAUCGAUUUAAGAGAAAAUGAUAUCAGACUUGCUGGAUUGAUGGCUCUUGCUCUAUCUUUAAAUCACAAUCAGAGUAUGGUCAAUUUGAAUGUAGAGCAGACAAUCAAAGAUGAAAGGGAUCCUGAUGAAGUUAAUGGUGAGCAAAAGCUGCUGUUGGAAAUUCAAGAAUAUUGCCUGCGAAACCGAAAAAGAAUUGAGAGCGAACAACAGCAGGAUAAGAAUGUAAACUUUGUUGUUCAGAGUUCAAAUGUACCUAUCAUCCGUAGUGAAGCCGAAUUAACUUCCCUCAUUCAGGAGAAAACAUCUCAACGAAGUCAAUCAUCUAAUGGCUCUAAUGCAUCUAACAUUGGAAUGGUUUCCAGUGCUUCAUUUCCUGGUCAUUCAAAAAGCGCAACAACAGGAUCAUCUAGUCUACAAAGGAAUCGUUUUCAAGUCUGUAGAGUCUUCCUUGAUAGUGAAAAGAAAGAGUCAUCUUCGGAUAUAUCUGACAGUGCCCAACUCUCUCGUAAUGAAGACUCAUCAUUGCAAUCUGAAGAAUCUGUGUUCCUUCCGUCAUCACCAAUUGAAAGUGGUUAUGACAGCUCUGCCUCCUCUCCGGCUGUAAGCAAGCAGGAGCAGAAUGAUAUUGAUUUGCGAAAGAGCUACAUUCGACAUCAAGAUUCUAUUGCAAUCCACAAGCAGCAUAUAAGUAAUGCCACUGAGGAUGAUGACGACGAUGAGGAGGUCUCUGAAGAGCAAGAUAAUCAAACAAAUAAUGAUACUUUUCCUGGUGAUAAAUAUUCUAGUCAUAAUGAUCAAUCUACUUCCAAACUGAUGGCACGCCGUUCAAGUGGGGGUAAAACAGUUAAAAAACUAACAUUUGUUCUUCCUGAUGAUUUUACAGAACAUUCUGGAAAGGCGAAAAACAAUCGGCGUAUGAGCACACCUGCUGUACUUUCCCAAAAAGUUGCACAGAAACACAAUUCUUUGACUUUAAAACUUGGCAGGCAGCUGGAAGGCUUGGAUCUCAAAAGUUCUGUCCCUCUUUCCCCUACUAGACUGUGUGAAGGAUUAAUUUUUCCAGAGCCAUUUGAAAGUAAAAUUCCAGUUUGAGAGGAAAGUUUGAAAGCACAAAGACUCAUAAUUGCUGGUUACACCCAUUUGAUGCUUUUAUUCAAUUUUUUUGCCAAACUGCCCCAAUAUUUUUUAUUCCUGCAUUUACACUUUUUCUUUACUUUUUUUGGUGAACUUUUGAAGAUUUCUUUAUCUUGUCAUAUUUUAUGAUAAUUAUUGUUGAUGCUUUUGUUGAUUUUUUUUUUUAUCUGUGGAGAUUUAUUAUGCUUUAUAAGAAUGUUUACUGUUGAAUUGUUGUAUAUAAUUAUGAGAUUUGUUAUUCUAACUGUUGUAAUAGUUUUUAAUGAACAAGAGGUUUUUUUAUGAAAUAUUUUUCACUUUGUUUUUUGAAUGUGAUUUAACCUCAGUUGAUAUAUCUGCUUUUUUGGGUUAUGUUUUAUCUGAUUUUAAUAUUUUUUUUACUGCUUUAAUUUGAACUUCCUAUUUUUUUAAUUCAAAAUGCUUUAAAGUUUUCUGAAAAAUAUAAUCGGUAAUUUAAGAACUACCAUAUAAAUGUUCUUUUUUUUUUAUGAAGUACUAUAUUUCACUAAUAUGGUAUUGCUUUUAAUAAUUCAUUUACUUCAGAAUUAAAACUUUUUAUUGCUAUUUUUUUGUAGGGAAUGUUAUAUUAUAAUUAAUUUAAAUUCAUGGGGACUGUUAAAGCUUCACCUAAUUUUGACCAAAAUAUAUCUAAUUUUUGCAUGAUCAGUAUAAAGUUCUUUUUUUUUUCUUGUAAAUUUUUAUAGAAAUUUCUGGAAAAAAAACUUAAU